AUGGCUAUACGUCGCUCUUGCUCUGCCGAACAUCAUGUUAGGCGUAGUUUCCUCGAGGAUAUGCCGCUAUCAAUCAAGAGGUAUCGAUAUCGAGGGAAGGAGCACUUACUUUACAUUACAGAUCUGGAAUUUGAUUGCUUCCAACGUUCGAAGAAUGAUCCUCGAUCUACAAACGCUCCUUCCGAGUAUAUCUUGUUCCAGAUCGACGGCGAUACCUUUGCACGCGAUUUCCUCGACCCGACCGUCAACGACAUCCCCUCGAUUUCCGCGUUUGACACCGACGAGAAUCUUGUUUUAAUCAAAAUGCAUUCCCCAGAGCAUGCCCACGCGGCUGAUACAUUCGCAUCCAAAGUUAUGAACAAGAUACGCGAUAUGGGCCUUGAAACGCAAAUACAGAGAUUCCCAGGCACAACGAUAACCGCUGGCAAUAGAGGAAAACAGGCGGAUCAAGGCUGGGGUCCCAUCCAUCCCCCACCAGGCUAUGACCGAAAGCCAACAGUAGUGCUCGAGGUCACAGUAUCUGAAUCUCAAGCCAAGCUGGAGCGUGACGUCCAAUUUUGGUUGGAUCCGGCCCAAGGUAAUGCAAAUAUCGCUUUGACCCUCAAGAUUAACAGAAAAAGACCCGUCGUAACUAUCGAAAAAUGGCAAUGGGACGGAGCAAAUGGUCGAACGCAAAGGGUUCAGCGUAUCGAAAUUGCCGAGAGCCCCAGCGGCGACCGUAUUACUGUCUCCAAUGCACCAUUGAUAAUCCCAUUCGAGUUACUCAUGAGACGGACAAGGUCUUCUCCCGCUGAAGUUGAUAUUAUCAUCGACGUGCAAGACCUUGAGGAGAUUGCAGACGGAAUCUGGAUUAUCCAAGAGUUCUGA